AUACAGGUGUACGAUAAGGACUUAUUGCGCCGUGAAAUGGUUGGGGUUAUAGAUCUGCCUGUGGACAUGAGUGACUUACAGGAAUAUAAAGAAGAUUGGUACGACAUUCUUAAGGACAAGGAUGGCUCGAGCAAGGGAGAAGGUAAAAUACUGAUCGGAGUGCGCGUCACAGAUGGUCGCAGAAAGGUCACAAAGGACGGUGGUUUACCCACCGAAUACAUGAGCAUGGCCGACGAUGCCCAAAUUAUCAAGCGGUUAACUCAGCAGGUUGACCCCGUGAGUCUGUUUCUGGCCAUGCCACGCGUCAUGAUUGUCAUGAAGAGGAAGGCACAGAAAGCGAGAGAGGCGGUGGAGCUGCGCAAUUCGUCUGAUUAUAUCCCCAAAAAGGUUAAAAAUGAGAGUUCGGAGAGAAAACAAUUGAAUGAUCGGCUAGAGCUUCUAGGCCUUACCUUAAAGGAGAGUGAGGGAGAUGGCAACUGCCAAUUCCGGAGCUUUUCGUUCCAAUUGUACGGCACGCAGGAACAUUACAAAGAGAUACGUAAACUGAUCUGCCAGUGGAUGAGAGAUCACAGCGAGUCCUUCAGCUUUUACUUCAACGGAGAUGCGGAGUGGCAGUCGUAUCUCAAAACAAUGAGUCGAGACCGAGAAUGGGGAGAUGAGCUUACUCUCAAAGCUGCUUCUGAUGUGCUGGGUGCUAAUGUGCAUGUGGUGAGUUCCACCCUGACAAAUUGGUACUUGACCUACACGCCCGAUGCCCAGCCUCAGGAACAGCGGAAACAGAUAUUUCUGGCGUACUUGUCGCCGGUGCAUUACAACUCCAUAAUACUGAAUAAGGAUGCGGCCGCAUACUCCACACCCAAUACGUCAAAGGAGAACUUGAAGGAUGCGUAGCAUAUAGAUUGUAGGGUGGGGCAAAUGCGACCGAUACCUAGCAGUGAGGGUGGAUAGGCUGAUAUGUAAUGGUUCAAAUAGUUACUAGCCUGAUAAAAAUAAAGUGAGAGCCACUGAGGAUAGUC